GGACUUAAGGCGGAACUAAAGACUCGCGCAACUACUAAUUUAUUAGUUGUUCUACUUUGCUACAAGUACAACAGUUUGAAUUUAAAUUGACCAAUUUCCAAUGAAGGCGGCACUUUUCCUGGGAGCAGUAGCGGUAACUUUAGCUAAUCUCCGCGGGUAAAAUCAGAUAUUUAUCGCUUAACUCACUAUGAAUUUGUCUUUAGGUGGGAUAUCCUGCUUAUGUCUGCUACAUAUGGAAUAACCGACUGUAUUUUUAAAGAUUAAAGCCACGUAACGAUAGUUUAACAGCGGGAUUUUUAUAACUGCGAAAUGCCUACGGAAAUUAAACAGAGGAAAAAGACGCAAUCUCAAAAGCAAAACGAUGAAAUGCCGCGAAAUUCACCUGCAAACGGUCAUGGUGAAGCACAAAAAGCGGAAGACGGAGAGAACAGUGAAGCAAAUAAAACGUCCUCACGUCCAGACAUUAAAGGUUUGAUGUGUUUACUGUCGCUAGUAGCAUGCGGAGUUUUGAGCUGGAUGGUGCUACACCAGAAUGAGAGGUUUUCUCUAAUGGAAGAAAAGUAUAAAGCUCUGCACGGGAAAACCUCCAGGCUGUUGGACAUGGAGGAAGAGAUGGUGAAAGUUUCCAAGAAGCUCGUUGCAUCCGAGGACGACCUUCAGGAGGCGCUCUCUACCGUCUCCACGACAACCAGACUCCAGAAGGACAUCUCCGCCCUCCACGCCAUCGCCAUGGCGAUGCAGACCGACGAGAACUCGGCGUCCCGCGACCUGCAAGCGGUCAACGCCCGCUUCCUGAACGUGACGGAGACGUGGCAGGAGCGGCUGGCCGCCGUCACCGCGGACCUGGCGGCCCUGAAGGCCGAAUCACGUGAGGCGCACGCCGGCGCCACGGAGCGGGUGAACGAGGCCGAGCGGAGGGCCCAAGCGUUGGCGAAAAGACUGGAGGAGCUGGAGGACGGCACGAAGAGGAACGCCCGCGUUCUGGAGCGGACAGAGGAGGACGAUGCCAAGCGGGCGCAGGAGCACCUGGACUGGAACACCAAGCAGAUCCACAAGCUGCAGGAGCAGAUCGGCAGCCUGAGCAAGAGGGAGGCCGAGCUGACCUCUGAACUCCAGGAGCAUAUCCCCCGCGCCCAGCAGUGCGAGGAGCAGCUGCCGAAGGUGGAGGAGGCGGUGCGCUCCAUCCUGAAGCUGAACGGCGACCUGAGCGGGGCGGAGAAGCGUUUGGAGGAAGUGACGCUGCAGGUGUUCGGCGCCGAGGACAACAUGCUGAAAGCUCUGAACGAGAUCCUGGACAUCAGGCAGGAGCUGGACCGCCUGCAAGCCCACAACAGCAUCCUGAAGAUGAAGAACGAGCUGUCCGUGGUCAAAGAGGCGGUCCGUGAACUCACCAUGGUACUGAGGGGAGACGGAGGAGGGACCCUGACCGCCUCCGGCACUUUGGAGGAUGAGGAGUGGAAGGACGAAGAGGAGGAGCCAUGGCCGGAGGAAGAGCUGAGCGAACUGACUGGACAUCAUCAUGAUGACUUUUAGGGCUGAAACGAUUAAUCGUGAUUAAUCAGGUUUUACAGUUAAAACUCUAAAAAGUGUUUGAUACUUUGUAGAACCGUUUUUGUUGCAGUCAAAGUUGAAUCCUUCUCUGAUCAGGUGGAUGUGCAGCUUUAGCUUUUUCUAGUUCUGAAACAAUUAAUUGUGAUUAAUCCUUUUGUUUUUUUAAAGUAAUGGUCAACUAAUUUUGCUGCAAAAAUACAAAAUCUUACCACGUAUUUUUGGUCUAGUUUCUAGUGUAAAUAUCUUAGUAAACUUGAAAUAAGACAAAAACAACUUACAAGUUACUUUUUAGCAAGAUAUCGUUUACUUAAAACAAGUAAAUAAUUCCUUAAUAUUGAUGAAUAAGUCCUUGUGCCAUUGGAAGAUUAUUUAAGACAUUUUCAUAUGUUAUAAGUUAAUUUAUUUGCCAAUAGAACAAGUUCUUUUUAAUCACUAUUUACUUAAAAUAAGCCCCUACAUCCUGCUAAAAAGUUGCUUGUAAGUUAGUUUUGUCAUAUUUUCACUAGAAACUAGACCAAAAAUACUUAUUAAGAUUUUGUGUUUUUGAGGGAUAGUAAUGAAUUAAUCGCUAACUGAAGUAUAGAGACUCCAAAAAAGUCAAUUUGCUGAAAGAACAACAUACUCAGAGCAGGAAUUAAACCAAAAUUGUACAGAAAAUAUAAGAAUUUUUCAUUUAAGACAAAAAAAAAUCUGUUGUCUCCUUUGUUGUUAGUUUCAGCUUCACUCUGUUACAAACCAUGUUUUGUAACAGAGUUACAACAGAGUAACAGAGUCCAGUUAUUAAUCGGUUAAUCCAAAAAGUAAUAAAUACAUCAGUCCUACAAUGUGUUAAUGUAAAGUCAAGCAGAAAAGUCUGAGCUUUUCAUAUGUUGAUGUUUGAAGUAUUUAUUUUAGCUGCAAAUAAGAGUUCCCUAAAGAAAUGCUGUUAUAAAAUUUUAGAUAAUAAAAUGUUCAUGUUCUUCUUUAAACAUGGAAUUGAAUUAUUUGCAUUUUUAAUAUUGUAUAAAAAGGUUUAAAUGAAAAAUCUGCAGAAUAAUUGACGGAUUAAAUAACAAAAAUAUUUUUUACUGACGUUACAGAAUGACUGCUUUAAAGGAGGAUCGCCAAUGUCCUUUUCUAAUGUUUAGUUUGCUCAAGUGUUUUAUUUUGCUUAUUGUUACUGCACACAGUUCAUAGCACUGAUAAAACAUUGGAUGUCAGUCAUACAGAUGUCAAAAGCAACACUUUUAUUAUUUUUCAUUUAUUUUCAAGCACUGAAAAAUUUAAUUUUGCUUGAGUUGAUUCAAUAAAAAAUAAUUUUAGAAAGAAAAAUAAAACCAAUUGAAAAGAUGAUUUUUUUCUCACUGUCUGAAGUUAAAUCAGACUAAAUUUCUUCUGUUUUAGGUUAUUGAGUUACCAAAAUUAUUUAUAUUUACUAAGUGCCAGAAAACUUAUAGAGAAUAUUUUUAAAGAAAUCUUUUUCUUACUUUCUUUGUAUAUUGUGUUUUUGGUUUUUUUGUAUUGAAUUUGAGCAAGAAUGUCUUUUGCCAAUGACUUGUUUGAGUUGUUUCGAUAUAAUGAAUAUUUAUUCUUAAUUUUUCAGUGACUCAUUGAUCGGUGUAAAUGAAAUAAAAAUUGUUUUUUCACUUUUUUGUUGUUAAAUUUGUGUUUUGUUCCCAGACCAGUCAGGUUUAUAGACAUUUGAAAAUGUAAAAUCUUGUUAUAUUUUAGUUUAUCUUGUUCCUGCUGUAGGAUAUAGAAUAAUACCACAAAACAUAAAUAAAAGUAACAAAUGAAAUCAUAUAAUAGUGAAUUGAAACUGUCUCUACUUUUAGUUCAUUUGCUUUGUUUUUAGUCCAGUUUGGUACUGGAAAAGUUUGAAAACUCACCUUUAAAAUUCUUGAAUUGUACUGUGUAAAAAGAGAAAAAGUCUUUUUUUUUUUUUUAUUUCCUCCC